UAAAACAUUUUGGUUUUCUUCCUCCCCCAAAUUUCCCUCCAUGAAAUGGGAAAUCGAAGAAAUCGAGGCAGUCCUCGAGAGGAUUUGGGACCUCCACGAUAAGCUCAGCGACGCCAUCCAUUCCGUUUCCAGAGCUCACUUCCUCAACUCCGUCAAGUUCCGCAGAAAUUCCGACAAGAAGAGGCGGCCGCGGACCAACGACGCCGCCGCCGCCGAUGAGAACCGGGCUGGGUACGUGUACUUGAAGGACUUCCGAGUCGGGCACGACGAUGACUCGGCGGUUCGGGAGGCCAAGAGCCUCAAUGCGAUUCGGACCGCGCUCGAGAACCUGGAGGACCAGCUUGAGUUUUUUCAUACUCUGCAGGUGCAGCAGCGGGCUGAGGGAGAUGCUGCAAUUGCACGCUUGGAGCAGAGCCGUAUUGCUCUAGCAAUGAGAUUGUCUGAACACCAUGGUAAGAACUACCAAUUUAUUGAGGAAGCCCUUGCCUUUGUUGGGGAUGUCUGUGAUGCAAGUCGUUUAGUAUCUCCUGAAAGUCUUUAUGGCCCUCCGAUCAGUCCUUCUGGUGAGAAGUUGGUGGCCUCCAAAGGGAAGAAGCGUAAUAUUUUGAUCAGAUUUCUCAUUUCAAGUAUCACAUUUGUUAAGAAAACCCUUAAGUUGGAUAAUACGGUUGGAAUACUUGGAAAUGCUGCGUUGGUGGCGCUUAGUAUGAUUGCGUUGGUGCAUCUGAAUCAGGUAGGUAUUAAGGAGCAUCCACAGAAGCUGGAAGAUAAAAUCUACAUCAACAGAAACGUUAGAAAAACUUCCCCGUCUAUUGGUCAUUACAGCAACUUGGAUGUUCUAUUAGCUAGAGGUUAGCUCUGAAAUCUUAAUUCUGUUGCAGGGAAUUCAGUGGUACGUGGCCAUGCUGUCGUUAUAGUCGUAUUUCUUCUUACCACCGGAAGUUUAGAAGAUUUUGGCAAGAGUGUAAGCCCGUAGGCAAUUCUCUUUCGAACUGUAGUCAAGACAACUUAGAGCUUGUUUGGAUGUGCUUUUGAAAUGACUGAAAGCGUUUUUGGAACCAAUUCUUAGUAAAAAUGUAAGUAAAUUAUGGACAAGCACUUAUUAUGUGCUUCUUUCAGGAAGCACUUUAAGUGUUUUUGAACCAAAAAAUAUUUUUUCUAAAGCGUUUUUAGGAAUUUUAAAAUCACAUCCAAAUGAGCUUAUAUGCCUAUAUGUUCACAGGUCAUUUGGCUUCUUUCAUUUUAUUCAAAAUUUGUUGUUUGGCUUCUUUCAUUUUGUUUCAAAAUUCGUUGCGUAUGGGAUGAGGAAUUUCGAUAUCUCAUGAUAUCGCGCUUUUUUCCUUCUUUUCUUUUUCUUCGUCUAUUGGGAAAUUCAGUGUAUAUCCCAGUUAUGGUGAUCUCUCGUUUGGAGGGAAUUGAAAGCGAUUAGUUUUCUUAAUCAGUAAUUUAUCUUUGAUCAUCAA